AUGUCUCUCACACUUCAUACCACAACCGGUGAUAUCAAAAUUGAACUAUUUUGUGAAGAUUGUCCCAAGGCUUGUGAGAACUUCUUGGCUCUGUGUGGCUCAGGCUACUAUAUCGACAAUAUAUUCCACAGAAACAUAAAGGAUUUUAUGGUACAAACCGGUGAUCCAACUGGAAGUGGUAAAGGUGGAAACAGUAUUUGGGGAGCUCCUUUCGAAGACGAGCUGAAUCCCGAGUUAAAGCACAGCGCUCGUGGAAUUCUGUCUAUGGCCAACAACGGGCCAAACACAAACAAAUCUCAGUUUUUCAUAACCUACGCUAAGCAACCUCAUUUAGAUUUAAAGUAUACCAUUUUCGGAAAAGUCAUAGAUGGCUUCGACGCUCUCGAUGAGUUGGAAAACAUUAAAGUGGACGCCAAGUAUCGUCCGGUUAUUGAGCAGAGGAUUAAAAACAUCACCAUCCACGCUAAUCCCCUCGCCAACUAA